ACAACCGGUCAACGAUACAAGAAUCCAAGAUGGCCGACUCGCAAGUGCGCGCGUUCUACGCCGGUAAAAACUUCUUCAUCACCGGCGGCACUGGUUUCGUAGGGCUGUGCCUGCUGGAGAGGAUCCUGAGGAGUUUACCUGACGCUGGCAAGGUGUACCUGCUGAUGCGGCCGAAGAAGGGGAAGAAGAUUGAGGAGCGGCUUGAGGAGUUUCCCAAGAAUCCGAUCUUCGAAACUCUCCUCCAGACCAACACGCCCGAGAUCUUAAAAAAACUGGUCCCCAUAGCCGGCGACGUCGGGGAACCGAACCUGGGACUCAGCGCUGAAGACCGCCAGCUGCUGGUGGAGAAUGUCAACGUCAUCAUCCAUUCGGCUGCUACAUUGGAUUUUGAGGAGGGCUUGAAGCCGACAGUAAGGAUUAAUGUGCUUGGGACGAGGAGAGUUAUGGAGUUGGCUGGGCAGGCUAAAAAUUUGAAGGUCAUGAUCCACGUAUCAUCAGCGUACGUCAACUCCUAUCUCCACGAGGCCCGAGAAAAGCUCUACGAUGCACCAGAAGACGUCGAACAAGUCAUAGCAUUAGUCGACACCCUUUCUGACGAAGCCCUCGCAGUUGUUGAACCAAAACUGUUGAAGACACAUCCAAAUACUUACACAUUCACUAAGCAUUUAGCUGAGCAUGAGGUCGCGAAGUAUGCUGAUAAAUUCCCGUGUACUAUAGUCAGACCUAGCAUGAUUGUCGCUGCUUGGAAAGAGCCAGUUCCUGGUUGGACUUGUUCCAAAGUUGGGCCUCAAGGUUUCUUAAUGGGUGCCUCUAAAGGCGUAGUCCGAAGACUGCCUUUAGCUGUAAAUAAUAUUGCUGAUUAUAUUCCUGUAGAUGUCGUGGUUAACGAAUUAUUGGUAGCCGGUUAUCAAUCCGCAAAAUCUAAUACAGGUCUGCUUGCUAUAUACCAUUGUACUUCAUCAACUCAAAAGCCGUAUCGCUGGGCGAUGCUUGAAGAUACUAUUAAUGAAACUUUACAUAAAUACCCGUUGAAAAGCGCCGUUUGGUAUCCGCAUCUCAAAUUCGUAAAUUCCCUGUUACUCUUCAGAAUUUCCGCCAUCUUCGUUCAUUUUAUCCCAGCUAUUCUCCUAGAUAUGCUUUUACGUGUAACUGGGGGUCGUCCUAUCCUAUUUAGAUUACACAAAAAUGUCUGGAACUCGCUAAACAGACUUGAAAAGUUCAUCUUCACUGAAUGGAAAUUCCAUAAUACUAAUUCUAUCGAGCUAGCAGGUAAAAUGAAUAGCACUGACAGUAAGAUGUUCUAUAUAGAUAUAUCUGAUAUCGAAUGGAGGGCUUACUUCACUGCUUUGCAUUUAGGAGUAAGAAGAUACCUGAAUCGUGAGAAAGAAUCCACCUUAGAGGCAGCGAGAGGAAAAGAUACUUUGUUGCUGGUCUUUCAUGUUAUUUGGCAGCUUUUGGUCAUUUAUCUUUUCUGGUAUCUCUUAGCUUGUUUGACAGGAUUAACCAUGACGCAGAGUGCGUGGUGUGUGCCGGCGUUAUAUAUUUUGUACAGUUAUUUAUAGACUUUUUUGAGCUGUUUCUAGACUAGUUUAAUCUGAAUAUUAUUUUUUAGGCAAACCGAUGACACUUAAUGACUUGUACAGAUGUAGACCAUAAUUAUAUUCCAUCGUAUUAUCACGGAAACGAACGAACGUGUCUUGCUAUUUCAGUCAGUCUCGGAACAAAAAGUACUGUACGGAUAUGAUGGUCGUUUUUGUCUACGUGACAGCGUGAUAAAACGGUAUCCGUCACUUUCUAUCCCACGGUGUUAAAAAGUGACAGUUAUUUUAUCACGUGGAUAAAGCCAUCCAUAAUACGCCGGCAGAUGUUGAUUGAAGUAGCAUGACAAAUAUACUUGCACCAAACAAAGUCUGCAGCGUAUUUGAUAGCCCACUCAGUGUAAGUGUUAUAAUUUCAUAGAAGUUUGACGUUUAAAAUGACACUUGUACUGCGUGGGCUAUCAAAAUCGCUGCAGACUUUUUACGGUCUGACCAUACGAACCUUUCUAAGAAAAUACAAUGGAAAACAAUUAUGCACUACUUCUGUAGCUGCUACUUAUGCGCUGGGGGCUUAGCUAAAAUGACAAUCGUACAUCCAAAAACGACAAAAAAAUAUAAAAAAAUGUAUUGGGAUGAUAGAUACUAUACGAUGACGUGACAAGUUUCAUACAUAAUCGUUUUCAACGCUUGCCAACUUGGCUAAGCCCCCAAGCUUAUUUACUAACUUACUUUAUUGUAAAUAAGUAAUUAAGUAAUUACUACUAGUAGUAAUUAAGGUUUUUUGACUGUAAACUAAACAUAAACUUUAUAUUAACCCUCAGGGUUGGAAGCUCAGGGCUAUAACCGCGAAAAUCGAAGUUCGCAAAUUGCGGGCAUUUUUCUCUGUCACUCUUAUUACGCCUUCAUUGGAGUAAAAGAGAAAGAUCACCGCAAUUUGCGAAUAUCGGUUUUCGCGGUAGCCCCUCUGACGGCGGUCGCUUUCGUAAAAACGAGUGCCUACGUCAAAUCAUGGGAUUAGUUGUCAAGCGGACCCCAGGCUCCCAUGAGCCGUGGCAAAAUGCCGGGAUAACGCGAGGAAGAUUUUCCAUUAAAUAUUUUAUAUGGACCAUUAGGUAGGUUAUACAUAUUUGUGACGUUGUCUCUGAAAAGGGACCUUAUUGUCGAUGGCGCUUACGCCAUUGUUAACGAAGCUCCGAUAUAAAUACUAUGCCGCGCGACGCUGUGCGGCGCGGCGUAAGCGCCAUCGACAAUAAGGUCCCUUUUCAUAGAUAAUGCCCCAUUUUUUUUAAAUUACUAAAAAAAGUCUUAAGGGUAAAUUGCCCCAAAUUGUUUUAUAAUAGGUAAACAACACAUAAUGCUUGUUAUAUUCUUUUAUGUAAUACGGACAAUGGUAGUUUUUAAUUAGGUAUUAUAUUUUCGUUGUUAUAAUGAUAUUAAAAAUAGUAUUAAUAUUCAACACUUGUUAUGUUAUGUUUAUAACUUUAUUUUAACUUUACCGUAGUCUCAGAUAAGGUAAGUGAAAUAGUUAUUUGUUUUACAAGGGGGCAAAUUUGUUGUUUAACCGCUCGUGCUAAUAUUGAUACCCGAGCAAGCGAAAGAUUCCGAAAUUGAACCACGAGCGUAGCGAGUGGUUCGAAAAAUGGAACCUUGUGCGUUGCGAGGGUUUCAAAGCACGAGGGUUAAACAAAAUUUGCCCCCAAGUGAAACACAAAAUUUUUCACCACACCAACCCGAAGUAAAUAUUAAAUGCAAAAUAUCAAACAAAAUCAAACCAAAUCAAAUCCAAAUGAAUGUAAUUAAAUAAUUGUCAUCCAAAAUCAUUAUUUAAAAGUCCAUUCUACCAGCAAACAUAAGAAAAUAACUCAAAAUUUGCAUUUGAUUGCUUUGCCUCACAUGUGAAUAAAAUGCAACUUUGCUAUCAGUUUUUGAAGUACAAAGUAAGCCUUUCCGAGCUGGUGUGGUGAAAAUAUAUGUAUUCAGUAUGUCUUCCCAGAUGCUUCCCAGUAAUCUGUCAAGAACAAGAAAGUCAUACAUUAGCAAUAGAAACAGUUGAAAUGCAGUUUAAUCUGUCCCAAUCCUAAACAUUACUAUAUAUUUUUAUAAAAUUCCCUUUAUCGUAAUAUAUCUAGAAAGGGAAACACAAAAAAAAAGAAAACAAGACAAUUUAUGUUUUAUUUUUGUAAUAUUGUGGAGGUGGUCGUUAAUAAAUGUUUAUUUUUGA